GAGGGAAUGUAUCUCUAUCCACGUCGGGCAGGCCGGUGUCCAAAUGGGCAAUGCAUGCUGGGAGUUGUACUGCCUUGAGCAUGGAAUUCAACCCGAUGGUCAAAUGCCAAGUGACAAGACCAUCGGAGGUGGUGACGAUUCAUUCAACACAUUCUUCAGCGAGACAGGGGCAGGGAAACACGUCCCAAGGGCAGUGUUUGUCGACUUAGAGCCCACAGUUGUCGACGAGGUCCGCACUGGUACGUACCGCCAACUGUUCCAUCCCGAGCAGCUUAUCACUGGUAAGGAGGAUGCCGCCAACAACUACGCACGUGGUCACUACACCAUCGGUAAGGAGAUUGUCGACCUCGUCUUAGACCGCAUCAGGAAGUUGGCCGAUCAGUGCACUGGUCUUCAGGGAUUCCUCAUCUUCCACUCCUUCGGUGGAGGUACCGGAUCUGGAUUUACCUCCUUGUUGAUGGAACGUCUCUCUGUCGACUACGGAAAGAAGUCCAAGCUCGAGUUCUCAAUUUACCCUGCACCUCAGGUAUCCACGGCUGUCGUCGAGCCAUACAAUUCAAUCUUGACCACCCAUACCACCCUCGAGCACUCCGAUUGUGCUUUCAUGGUCGACAAUGAGGCUAUUUACGACAUCUGUCGACGUAAUUUGGACAUUGAACGACCAACUUACACUAACUUGAACCGUCUAAUUGGUCAGAUUGUAAGUUCCAUCACUGCCUCACUGCGUUUCGAUGGUGCCCUGAACGUUGACUUGACAGAGUUCCAGACCAACUUGGUACCCUACCCUCGUAUUCAUUUCCCUCUGGCCACCUACGCUCCGGUCAUCUCUGCCGAGAAAGCUUACCAUGAACAACUAACUGUCGCUGAGGUCACAAACGCUUGUUUUGAACCGGCUAACCAGAUGGUGAAGUGCGAUCCCCGUCACGGCAAAUACAUGGCUUGCUGCAUGUUGUAUCGUGGUGACGUUGUCCCUAAAGAUGUCAACGCAGCUAUUGCUACUAUCAAGACCAAGCGUACCAUUCAGUUUGUCGACUGGUGCCCAACUGGUUUCAAGGUUGGAAUCAAUUACCAACCACCCACUGUCGUGCCUGGAGGUGAUCUCGCCAAGGUCCAACGUGCUGUAUGCAUGUUGAGCAACACCACCGCCAUCGCUGAGGCCUGGGCUCGUCUUGACCACAAGUUCGAUCUCAUGUACGCCAAGCGUGCUUUCGUCCAUUGGUACGUCGGAGAGGGUAUGGAGGAGGGAGAGUUCUCUGAGGCCCGUGAGGAUCUGGCUGCCCUGGAGAAAGACUACGAAGAGGUCGGAGUUGACUCUGUUGAUGGUGAAGGCGAAGAGGAAGGAGAAGAAUACUAAAUACUUUAUUCUGCACAAGUGAAAUGUUGUGGACUAUUAAACCUACACUAAGAACAUUUUUACCAGUACAAUUAAUUGGCAAAAAUGGAAUCUACAUUUUAAUCUACAUUUUAGAUUUAUCAUAUACAUGCAAAAUGUAAACUGUAUAAAUGAUUUUCCGAACAUUUGUUACACAUCAACGCUGGCGAUAUCCUCCGAAACCCUGGGUUACAGAAUCGAACACAAAGUUCCUUCCACUUAGUGUAUGAUUCUGUAACCCUGGAAUACGAAGGAUGCACUGUCAAAAGCAUUUAAUGAACUAAACACUGAGCUUGUGCUAAACUCAGGAAAUAUCAAAUGCACAUAUUAUUAGCGACUUCUAUAAUAAUGAGGUGAAGUAUAACUUCAAUUCCAAUUUCAUGUGAU